CGCUCGAGGUCUGCUUCUCCUUCGCACGGCUUCGGAGUGCUGAAACCCCGAAGCAGGGUUCCCUUCUUGCCUUUGUUCCUAGGCUUCCAGAUCGCCGGAGCUCGUUCUCCUCCUCCGAUGGGGGAUUUCGAUGAGUACGACUACCUCGAGCAGGCGGUGGAGGCUCCUGACCAGGAGGCCCGGAAGGAUAAGGACAACCGGAGCUCUCGCCAUCGUGAGAAGGACGGGGAAUCUCGUGAACGGGAGCGCUUUUCAAGAUCCGACCGCCUGGAUAAGGUUCGCGACCACCGAAGCAGUAGGGACGACGAGAGAGCUCGCGAGAAGCACCGGAGCAGGGAUGGAGAUGGUCAUAAGGAGAGGGUGCGGGAGAAGGAGGAGAGGGAGAGGGUGAGGGAUAGGGAUAGGGAAAAGGAUAAGGAUAGAGAUAGGGAGAGAGAGAGGGAGAGGAGCAGUAGCAGAUCGAGGAGGCACGAGAAAGAAGCUGAAAGAGAGAUGGAUAGGGCUCGGAGCAAGGAUAGGGCUUUGCGAGAAAAGGACCUUGAGAGAGAAAUGAGGGAGAGGGAGGGCAGGAGAUUCAAAGACAAAAAAGAAGUGGUGGAAGCUGAAGUUGACCCAGAAAGAGAUCAAAGAACUGUUUUUGCAUAUCAGAUGCCUUUGAAGGCCACUGAGAGGGAUAUUUAUGAGUUUUUCUCACAAGUGGGAAAGGUGAGGGAUGUGCGCUUAAUAAUGGAUCGAAACUCGAGGCGAUCGAAAGGAGUUGGGUACAUUGAGUUCUAUGAUGCCAUGUCAGUGCCGAAUGCCAUUGCUCUGUCUGGUCAUCUGCUUCUUGGUCAACCAGUGAUGGUCAAACCUUCUGAAGCUGAAAAAAAUCUUGUUCAAUCCAAUACUGCAGGGGCAUCAGGUACUGCAGGAGCAGCGGCACUGAGAAAACUUUAUGUUGGAAAUCUGCACUUCAGCAUCACGGAGGAGCAGCUGCGGCAGAUAUUUGAACCUUUUGGUCCUGUGGAGCUUGUGCAACUACCCCUUGACCUGGAGACAGGGCAGUGUAGAGGUUAUGGAUUUGUUCAAUUUGCGCAAUUAGAGCAUGCAAAGGCAGCACAGAGUUUGAAUGGGAAAUUGGAUAUUGCUGGCCGGAUCAUUAAGGUUUCAGCGGUAACAGAUCAUGUUGGAGUUCAGGAUCCAGGAGCAAAUGGUGCGGAUUUGGAUGAUGACGAUGGUGGUGCUUUGGCUCUCAAUGCCCGUUCCAGGGCUAUGCUUAUGCAGAAGCUGGACCGUACUGGGACUGCAUCAAGUAUUGCGGAAUCAUUGGGCGUUCCUGGGCUUAAUGGAGCAGUUCCAAAUCAAGUAGGGUUUGGUUUGUUGCCUGCAAAUGGCCAACCUGUUAUUCCUUCGGCUGUUCCUGCUGUGCGCACUCCACCCAUUAUUGAGCCUGUUGGUGAUCCAAGCGAGUGCUUAUUACUAAAGAAUAUGUUUGACCCAAGCACUGAGACAGAACCUGAUUUUGAUUUGGAUAUUAAGGAGGAUGUCCAAGAAGAGUGCUCAAAGUUUGGCCCACUGACACAUAUAUAUGUGGAAAAGAACAGCAAUGGAUUUGUUUAUAUGCGAUUUGAGGCCAUGCCCUCAGCAGCUAGUUGUCAGCGUGCAAUGCAUGGUCGAUGGUUUGCAGGAAGGGCAAUAUCUGCGACUUUUAUGAGGCCAGCUGAUUAUGAAGCCAAAUUUAAGGGCAGCAUGUAGAUCUCAAUUCUAGCCAGGUGAAUGGUUGGUAGGCGGCAUCUUUGCGCUUAUGUUUGCUGUGAAUGGUUCAGCUGAGUACAUGCUCUCGCAAUUCUGGAUGGGAAAUUUUUCAAAUGCCAUUAUAAUACGCAGUUCUUGGUUUCUCAUCAAUUUAGGCGUAUGACGAGAUCAUUGUUCUUCUUUUGGAUCAGUAGUGUUAUUAUUGUGAUGCCGCGUCCUGUUUUUGGACACCAUUUUGUUUUUCUUGUGGUAAGUAUUUAGUGAAGCUCUGUGAUAAUGAUCAACUUUGCUGCUUUUUUAAUUGAAGGAACCUGUAUGGGUGGAGUAAGGUGAAAUUCACAGGUGAACCGUGGUCAAUUUGUAUCAGUAUUAACUUCAAAGUAUAUCUGUGUGUCCGUGGUUGCUUGUUUAGGCUUAACAAAGAAAGACUUGGUGAUAUAUAAAUUUAGUAAAAGGAUAAUAGUGCAUGAAAAUUGCACAAUUUUGGUGAAAUCCACAUGAUUUCAUGAA